GGUCUCAGGCCCCCAGGCGGAGCGGUGGGCACCGAGUCACCAGGCACGACAGUGGGCACCGAGUCGUCUGGCAAGACUGCGGGCACCGAGUCGUCUGGCAAGACUGCGGGCACCAAGUCAACUGGCGGAACAGUGGGCAUCGAGUCAACUGGUGGAACUGCGGACACCGAGUCGUCUGGCAAGACUGCGGGCACCGAGUCGUCUGGCAAGACUGCGGGCACCGAGUCGUCUGGCAAGACUGCGGGCACCGAGUCAACUGGCGGGACAGCGGGCACCGAGUCGUCUGGCAAGACUGCGGGCACCGAGUCGUCUGGCAAGACUGCGGGCACCGAGUCGUCUGGCGGAACAGCGGGCAUCGAGUCAACUGGCGGAACAGCCGGCACCGAGUCGUCUGGCAAGACUGCGGGCACCGAGUCGUCUGGCAAGACUGCGGGCACCGAGUCGUCUGGCAAGACUGCGGGCACCGAGUCGUCUGGCAAGACUGCGGGCACCGAGUCGUCUGGCAUUGGAUCGUCUGGCUCGACAGCGGGCAUCGGGUCACCAGGCAUCAGGUCAUGUGGCUCGCCAGCGGGCACCGCGUCAUCUGGCAAGGCAGUGAGCACUGAGUCACCAGGUACGACAGCGGGCUCUGAGUCAAUUCGCACGACAGCGGGCACCGGAUCAGGUACCGGAUCAUCUGGAUCAACAGCGGGCAUCGAGUCAACUGGC